GGAAACACCGUUCCGCAUCCCCAUCAUCGUCUUACAUGUAGCGCUCGGUCCCGCCACAUCUGCUGUCCGACUAGGCUCGGCCAAUCUCACAAUGGCGCAUCGAUUCAUCGUCGAGUCGAGCCCUCCCGCGAGCCCGGAUGCCCACGCGGCGCCCUCGACGCCCGAUCGGCGAUCGCACAAUGUGACGGGCUUCUCCUUCUUGGCCGACAACCCGUCGACGACGCCUGCUGGCCCGCCGCCUCCGUCCUCCACCGCUUCCUUCACACCCGCUGGUGCGCCUUCGGAGUCGUAUUUGGGCAGCUCCAUCAUGCGAGGCGUGGGCGGAACCGGGAGCAAGCCGUUUGGCUUCGGGGCCCAGUCUCAGAGCUCGGGGAGGAACCUGUUUGGUCGAAGCGACACCUCGGCGUCUCUGGGCCGCUCCUUGCGGGGCACGAGGCAACCCUCGGGCCUGAGCAGGCAAUUCACCGCCGACGAAGAUGACAUUGAGGAAGAUGAGGCCGAGGACGAGGACGCCUCCGGCGAAGAGCUGCCUCCACAUCCCGGCAGUUUGUUUCGCCCAUCCGGACGCUCAAAAAAUCAUGCAGAGAUGCAGGAUAUAGACGCGGCGAUGGACCAGAUUAUCGAGCGCGACAUCGACGCCGAAGGCGAGGAGUACGAUGAUGAGGAAGAGCCUGAGUCAGAGGAGGCUUCUUCGGAAGAGGCGUCUGACGACGGCGACAUGUUCCUCAACAUGCGACAUGACGACCGACCGUACGGACAGCCCAUAAUUGGAGAGGGGGACGAUCUGUUGAUGCUUCAAACCCCGGCGGCAACAGACCGCGUUCGCAAGGAAGCCGAAGACAUCUUUCGUCGCUCGUCUGCGCGAGUUGGUGGCUCCAUACGCGAGUUUCAGUUUGCAUCGAUUGCCAGAGAGUUUUACGCGAACCAAGAGCCGGCGCAUCUGACAGAGACUCCGGGAGUAAUUCUCAAAACAGAAGACCUGGUGUGUCGACUUUAUGACGAAGGCGUUGGAACCGAGGACGAUACAGAGAAGAUGGACAACUCCCUUGCCAACAUCACUUGCCGUCUCGUCAAGCUGUGGAAUGAUUACGUCGAGGGCCUACCGCAGCCAGAGGGCGAGGACUUUGUCACAAUCGGCCCCGGUUCGCAGGCUGAGCCGUUUGAGAAGGCCGCGUAUGUUGCGCAUCUGAUCUUGCGCAUGCACCACACGAGGUUCGAGGAGAAUACCGAAGAGGAAAAGACGCCGCCGCUGCCCGAGAUCCUCUUCGACUGGCUCCAGACCAGCCACAACCUGUACCCGGACCAGGUUCGAGAAAUCAACCGGUACAAGCCCAGUCCGGCGUCCCACAGCCUUUACUGGCAGACGUUACGGUCUGCCCUUCUUCGUGGCGACGUUAGUGGCGCGUUACAGCUGCUCAAGAACGCCGGCUGGGAACAUGUACGCCGAGAGCCUAACGGUCUAUUCGCCUACGAAGAUCCCGCCCUCGAGAACACUCGCCGGGUUGUGGACGCGACGUGCGACAUACUGGAGCAGUGCCCGGCAAUGAGGUCCGACUGGGACAUCUGGAGCAGCAAUUGGACGCUCUUCCGAGUACAAGCCAGGGGCUCCUUGGACCGCCUCACUCUCCUUGCAGAAGGCGGAGGCGCUCAAGGCGCGGGCUCUGGCUUGGCAGGCGCAACGUCCAUAACGACCAUGGCCAGAAAGGCCUCGAGCAAGAUUCCGUGGGAAAUCUACGAAAAUCUGCAGGUUGUGUAUGGCAUUCUUCUCGGCAACCAAGACUCAAUCCUGGACACGGCGCAAGACUGGUGCGAGGCGACUGUUGGCCUGUUCGGCUGGUGGGAUGACGGCCAGCGGAAGAACUUGAGAUCUAGUUUUGGCGCGUCCGCCUCCCGCUUCACAAGCGCCAGCGAUUACUUUGAACGGCUCAGCUCUGCCUUUCACACAGUACUGCAUUCCGAUAUGAACCCAAACACCAUCAACCCCGUCGAGGUCGCCAUAGCAUCCGCGUUUGAGGGAAACGUCAACGCGGUCGUUGGAUGCCUGAGGAUGUGGUCACUUCCCAUAGCCACUUCUGUGGCUGAGAUUGCAUCGCUUGGCCAGUGGCUCCCCGCGACGCAGAACUCGAAGCCAUUGCCCCUGGACACGCUCGACAUGGACGACCUGGCCCUUUUGGGCGUCUUGCCGCCCUCGACCGACGAUAUCGAGGGUAUCAAGGACACAACUAUGGUAUUAUAUGCGAGGGAACUGGCCGGUAUCGAGCAUCUGUCUUCGACACGCGAUGGAUGGGAGAUGGCCAUCCAGGUCCUUGGACGCAUGGAUCAGACGCAAAAGUCGGAGGAGACGGUGGGCGAGCUCCUGAGAGACCUGCUCGCGACGCUUGAUGAACACUCGAGCCAGACGGUGGAUAAGAUGUGGCGGAUCCUCAACGAUCUCGGCAUGGUGACCUUUGCCGAAGAAACAGCAGAGACAUUCGCCGACAUUCUGUCCAAGGAAUCUCACAGAUAUGGUGAAGCUCUUUGGUACUACGCCUUGGCUCAUCGCACGGAUCGGGUCCGCGACGUCCUCAACCUCCUCAUGUCAUACUCAUUGGUGCAAUCGACAGCGUACCCGCCGGAAAAGGACCUGGAUGAGGAACUCAAGAACCUGCUUCGAAAGCGCACGGAAACCCUGGAAAGGCGAGCGCAGCAGGACAUUGAGGCGGCCCAGCUGCUGGGGCGGACGCUCAGCGGCUACGCCACGCUCCGCAAGUUUUAUGAGCUCAGAGACAGUGCUGCUCAAGAAAAGUCUCCUAGCAAGGCUAUGACGCUCAAGAAACAAGCCGCCUUUGCACUUGUCGCCGUCAUCUCGAGUUCGGAUGACAACAUUCGCGGCGGGCUUUACGAUGAGAGCCGAGACGCUGUCGUGAGCGAAGACUUCCUGCUCGCGCUACUGGGUGAAGCCACCGUCUUUGUCCAGCAGUCGCCGUCACUCGUCUCCCUGGAGCAUAUCGACAUCUUGCUCAAGGCCAUCGAAGACAUCCAGACCGUUGGGUCGCGCAUCUACGAGACGUGCGACGAGUUCUUCAGCCUGGUGCUGUCUUCGGGGCAGGGGCUCAAGGGAUCCACGCCGGCAGACCUCAUGAAGAAGUCGACGAGCUCGUUGAGCGGAAGCAGUUAUGUUAUGAGCGGAAGCUCAAUGCUGGUGAGCCACCUCCACAAGUCGGUGGCUGGAGGCAAAGUGCAGCGGGGGUGGGACUGGAGGAAAGGAUGGGCGGCCAACACCAAGGGAGAGGAUGUGCUGCGCAAGCUGCGGCUGGGGCUCUCCCGGGAUCUGUCUGCCCUGUGGCUCGCAGAGGCGGACGGGGUGGCUGUCUUUUAGAUGCGACGUCGCAUGGGUUAGGGUUACGCACAAGGCGUUGACGGCUGUGGAUUGCAAGGCGGGUGUAUCAUAUCUCGUGGGAUUUUAAUGACUAUGAAGAGGCGAGACGCAUCAAGUAUGUACAUGCACGAUUCCAAGCCGCUGGAC